AUGCCUGGACUGGAAGACCUGGUUCUGUCCGAGCCGUCCCAAGAACGGCCCUUUGUCUUUCUGUGGGAUGAAAAGACCGGUGGCACGACGUUCAAUGAUUGGCUCCUGGCUUCCUCCUCACAGUUGGGACGCUUGAAUUCCACUCACAUCUCGGAUUUCGGAUGGCCUAAUGUCAUUGGAACUCCAUUUUUUCUGAAGACCUAUGAGAGAUCAAAACUUGAAUCCUUGCAAAUCCUAUCUGCCACAGUUGAUUGGAACAUAUUUUCCGCACUUGGCUGUGCUCCCAAGCGCCGGCCCAGCUGUUUGAUUUUGCUGCGAAACCCUGUGGACCGGUUUCUGUCCUAUUACCUCGAGCGAUCAGAUCGGAUAUUGGAAGGUGGUAGCCUUCCGAUCCGCAUGCUUACCAAUUUUUCCCUGCAAGAGUUCGAAGAGUAUCUGGACUCGGUGCGCUUCGAUCGUUUGCGUUUCAGUGGUUCCGAGACGGGUCUCUUUUGCAACACGGAGAACGGCCAGUUGUGCCUCGAUGACGCCAGCACAGCGGAAGCGUCGGAGGGCGGACCUGAGACUUUUGCUUUCAGGAGCUUUGGUGGCCCUCAAAAUCGCCUCGCACGCAUGCUGGACCCACCAUUGGGACGGAUCUCAGUGGCAAAAGAACGGCUGAAACGAUGCACAGUGAGCUUGCAAAAUGAGGACUUUUCGAACCACUUGCGUGUUCUACGCAAAUUUCAGCCCUGGAUCAGUCAGGUUCACUUCGCAGACUCCGACGCAAGCAUGCAGAACAGCUACAAUCGUAGGGAGUCUGCAUACUUGCGAGACCACUUGCCAGAAGCCUUUCGUCGGGCCAUCGCAGAGUUCAAUUCAGCAGAUAUGGAGUUGUAUCAUCAAGGAGUGGAACAAUUCUACCAGCAAGUGACCCUGGCGCGGAAGAAUAGCCUGCUACCGGUCAGUAGCCUGUGGCCAGAGAGCAUCACUUUGCCGUCCAAGGAUUGGGAGGUGACGUGGCGUUUUUUUCAAGAGGAACUUCCAACCACUUUCUUCAUCCGUCGCCUGACACGAUGCCGCAUCACACGCUUGGCGUCCCAAUGUGCCAAACUGGUAGGGGAGUCCAUGCCAGACGGGGUGGAUUACCAGCUGCAGCCGGAACUCACUGAGCACAUUCUUCAGGUCAUCAGUCAUGAGUUCUACCAACGUCCACCUCAAGAGUUCUAUCAGCUCCGGAGCCACGACUGGAUGCGGCUCCACGGCAGCGACGCAAAGGGGGCUCCGCACCGCGUGGUGGCGCUGCCGGACUUCGGGGAACUACUGGACGACGCCUGGGGUGAGGCGCAGCGCAGGCUGCGGUGA